CCAUCGCGCGGCGGCCGACGCGGGAAGCCGCGCGAGAGCCCGGCACCGAGUGCGUGAGUCGGCGCUGCCGCGUGCAGUGCGCGGCGCGGAGCCCGCCCCUCCCGCAUAGAGAAGCCAGCCCGCCGCCGCGGCGGCGUCUGGAGCCACAAUGGAUACUGCUAGCCAUAGCCUUGUCCUUCUGCAGCAGCUGAACAUGCAGCGAGAAUUUGGUUUUCUAUGUGAUUGCACAGUUGCUAUUGGAGAUGUUUACUUCAAAGCCCAUAGAGCAGUGCUUGCUGCUUUUUCUAACUAUUUCAAGAUGAUAUUUAUUCACCAAACAAGUGAAUGCAUAAAAAUCCAACCAACCGACAUUCAACCUGACAUAUUCAGCUAUUUGUUACAUAUUAUGUACACGGGGAAAGGGCCAAAACAGAUUGUGGAUCAUAGUCGUUUGGAGGAAGGGAUUCGAUUUCUUCAUGCCGACUACCUUUCUCACAUUGCAACUGAAAUGAAUCAAGUGUUCUCACCAGAGACUGUGCAGUCCUCAAACUUGUAUGGCAUUCAGAUUUCAACAACCCAAAAAACAACUGUGAAACAAGGGCUGGAGGUCAAGGAAACUCCUUCCAAUAACAAUGGAAACAGAGCUGCUGUCCAGGGUGACCACCCUCAGUUGCAGCUGUCUCUUGCUAUUGGGCUUGAUGAUGGCACUGCAGACCAGCAGAGAGUUCAUCCUGCUGCCCAGGCCUUGGAGGAGCACCAGAAACCCCCAGUGUCCAUCAAGCAGGAGAGAUGUGAUCCAGAAUCUGUGGUCCCCCAGAGCCACCCCUCACCCUCAUCAGAGCAGUCCUGCCAAAUAUUGUCUUCCUAGUGUUGAGGUAAGUAGUCUUUGUGCUGGGUAACAUUUUGGAGAUGUGAUGCAAAAAAGUAUCAGUAGACCCUGUUCUUCCGAACCAUAAUCUAUGGUAAAAGAAAAGGGGUAUCCUAAUCAAAUAAGUGCCUUCCAACUGCCAUUUCUGGAAAGAAAGGUAAUAAAUGUCUAGUCAUUUCCCAGAAGUUUCUUUGCUCCUAUCUUCCCUAUUUACAUUAUAUCUCCUUGCCCCCAGUAACAUAAUCUACAUCAGUAGUUCUCAACCAUAUGUCAGUCUGGAUGGGAUUCUCCAGUAAAAAGGAACCAACAGGAGAUAGAAAGAUGAGAUAGAUAUAUAGAUGUGUUACAAGAAAUUGGCUCAUGCAUUUAUGGAAUUGAGAAGUCCCAACAUCUAUAUUUUGCAAACUGAGAAACAGGGGAGCCAAUGGUGUAGUUCUAGUGUGGUCCAAAGGCCUUGAAACCAGUAGAGCUAAUGGCAGAAGUUCCAGUUCAAAAUUGGGCAGGUUUGAGACCCAAGCCAGUAUUUCAGUAUUCAUCCAAAGACAGGAGAUCAGUAUCCUAAAUUAAAAAAAAAAUGCUUAUAGACACCCAGAAUACUGUUUGACUAAAUAUAUGAAUACUUCAUGAUCUAGUCAAGUUGAGACAUUAACCAGCACCCAGAGAUAUCCCCCUCUCCAUGGUAACAUCUGGCAGUAUGGAGAUGGUUUUGGUCAUCUACUGAAUAGGAGAUAAGGGAAGGUUGCUACUGGCAUUUAAUGGGUGUCAAUCACGGAUGCUGCUAAAAAUCUUACAGUGCAGAAGACAGCCUCCCACAAUGAAGAACUACCCAGCUCAGUGUCCGUGGAGCUGAGGUUGACCAACCCUGGUGUAAAAGCUUAAUGUAAGUUUUGUGGUAGUUGUCAGGAAUUAAAGAAUGCAAAGAAACUUAUUUUAAGAUUUCUAUCCCAAUUAUUUUUGAGGUUAAUUAUUAUUUAUUUUAAUGGAGUAUGUGAUAUGUUUGUUGUGAAGUGAAUUCUAUUUGUAUUAUCCUAUCCCCCAGAUUAUAAAAAAUUAAAAAUGUGAUUAUUUAAAAAUCAGAGGUGUAUUAAUUGGGACAGUUUUAAAUCUAUUCAUAUACUAUUUGAAUGAAAUAAUUGUGUCUCUAAAUUCUCUUGGUGAAAUUAAAAUGGGAUUGUAGGUUAUAAUUUUGUAAAUCUUGGGGGCCGGGGUUGUGGCUCAGAGGUAGAGUGCUCGCCUACCAUGCAUGAAGCACUGGGUUCCAUCCCCCGCACCACAUAAAAAUAAAAUAUUGUGUCCACCUAUAACUAAAAAAUAAAUAUUUAAAAAAUUUUUUUGUAAAGUUUCAAUUGGCCAAAAGGUGGCACCAGUGUACUUUUUAAAAAUGCACCAAGUUUGGUGUUACUCUUAAUUGUUAGCUACUUCUGGAUUUGCCUUUACUUUAUAGUCAGCAGCUCACUACAGUGGUAUUGUUUUUAUUCUUCCUCAUUUCCUUCCAUCUAGUUCUAGUCUGAGUAAGCUGAGAAUUCCUUUCUCUUUAAUAGAAUCCUCUUACCCUCAGCUCUUUUUGCCUUCCAAAAAUUAGUGAAUGUCUGUCUUUUAAAUUUGUUCCCAUUUCUACUACAAGGUUAUUGUUAGUUUUCUCCUAGAACUUAAUACCUAGCCACCAAUUGCUUUCCUCAGUUUUAUUUCACAGUUGAUGAGCCAACUUGGAAAAUGAACCCAUUUCCCUCAGAUAAAUUUUCUUCCAGUGUUUAUACAAUGUUAUACUUUUUCCAUUGAAACAACUUGGUGAUAUCAUAUUAAAAUAACAGAAAUAAAGUAUCCCUUUACUGUUGUCCUUUACUGUCAGAAGUCUGAAGGAGUAGCAGUGCACUGGGAGGGAUUCUUUGUACACUGCACUAGUCCCUUCCCUUCUCAGAGCCAGGGAGAGGCUUAUGGAAGGAGGCAGCUGGAGAAGGUGUCCCUCACCAGCUAUAGUUGUGUUUUUACUGAGUUUCAGGAAGUCCCACAUCAGAUUUGUGUGUACCUAGUGAGUCUCUGAAGAAUGAGACCUAAUGAAUUUAGCCUGUUUUUCUGAAGACAUAUGACAUAUGAUACUUUGUUCCAAAUGUGUAGGUUAAAAACAAAACAAAGGAAUGGGAGAUGGGAGGGACUGAGAUUUGUAUAAACUGCUUUGUAGGGAAGGAAAUCUAAAUAAACUGUAGUGGUUCUUCAGCAAAUAUUCAUCUGUUAACUUUUUGAAUGAGAAAAUAAAACAUUUGCAUAAGGAAGGGGAAAGGUCUUUAAAUGCAGACCAAAGAUUCCAGAGAAAUGAUAUAAAAAAUUUUCUUAGCCAGUCAGUUCUCAUUUCUGAACACUUCCCUUUUCUCACAAAUGUGCAGUCUCAUACUAUGAGUGAAGUGGUUCUUUCCUCUUUUUUCCAACCACAGUAUUUUAAAGUAUGGGAGGAAAGGCAUAUAAAGGGAAGACUUUUUUUUUUUAUUUUACGCAUCUCUUUGUAGACCUCUCAAACUUUGAUGGCUACACUCAGCCACCAUGAUGGCCCUGCAGAUUAUGUGUAAAUACUCAGAUGGUAUAGAGGUCAUAAUAAGUUUAAAGACUUGUCAAAAUUUGUUAUAUGCUACAAAUAGGUGGAUUUUUUUUUUUUUUACUGUUUGUAAAGUAUGGCUUAAUGAAAAAAGAUGCAUACCACUCAGAAAAAUACAGAAAAGUCUUAUUAGAGUUUAACAAAACUUAAUGAUUGCUAUUAUUCACAGUUAUUCAUCAUCUUUCAGGAGAAACACUUCAGUCAGAUAUUGAGCACAUAGAGAGAACUCAGAAAAUUAGAGAUAAUUCUAUGCAAAUUCAUGCUGAAAUCAGGGAAAUAGCUGACAAAGCUAUUUGUGAUAUAUUUGGAUAAAAUAUAGAAAAUCCAGUUCAUUUUUUUUCAUCUGAAUUGUGUAGUGACCAUUUGUUUUGGCAUUCUAUACAUCUCAGCCUUCUAGCAUUUAAGGGCAGUUCUACUUUAGUCAUUCUGUUAGGAGGAUGGAAAUACUUUAAUUUUGUAUGACACUUAGAGAUAUUCUGCCUAAAUACCUGAUUUUGCAAAUGACAAUUACACAUGAAACCUGUGUCCUGAAAUUUAUAUGUGAGGCUAUUUGAUGAGCACACACAUGCAUGCCUAUAGCUGCAUUAGCUAUGGUGAUGGAUCACCAGGGUAUCCCAGAGUCCCCCUAGUGACCAUAUUGGCCAGACAUUUCUGUGUGACCCAAAGAUAUAGAAGUUAAAGCAGGGAUUUGGGGGUAAAAGAUUUAGAUACAGGGCUGGGAGUGUGGCUCAGGGCAGAGCAUGUGCUUAGCAUGCAUGAGGUCCUGGGUUCAAUCCCUAGCACUUAGGAAGCAUAUGCAGUUAUUUGCACCCAAUCUCCCAGGAGGGCAGAAGUGGAAAACCCUGGUUAUGGCCCCAAGUACAGCUAUGAAAAAUAUAUGAAAGGCUUAAUCCUGCCCCAUAAUUGCAGUGUCAUAAAGGUCAAGGCUGAAAGUCCUUUUUAAGUUUAGUUACAAAGCAAAUGGUGAGGAAAGUGUUUAGUCUUGCUAAUGUACAGAAACCGCUAGAGACUGCUACCAUGGUUAUAAUAGGUUGAAAAUCAGUUUUAAGGCUGGGAGUUUUCCAAGCUAGGAGCUAUCACCAUCUUCUCUAGGUUUUACUUUUUUAUGGUGCCUGCACCCAACAUUGCUGAGAAUUCACUGCAGUUCUGACAGUGUGUCAUGUGUACAUGUACAAACACACAUGUAUUCUUUGUAGAGCUCAGGAACAACCUUUGGUAAGCUUAAACUGGAAGUGGGGAAGGAACUCACAAAACAGUUAGAGCCAAGGUGGCUUUAACAGGGAUUAGCAGAGUUGCCUGUGAGGACAAGUUUGCAAAAGGUAGUAUAUAUUUCUAGAAAUAUGUAAUUUGAUGAAAAUUUUUAAAAUUUGAUAACUGAGCCAGGUGCAGUGGCGCAGUCUGUAUUCCCAGUGGCUUGGGAGGCUAAGGCAGGAGAAUCGUGAGUUCAAAGCCAGCCUCAGCAAAAGUGAGGCACUAAGCAACUCAGCGAGACCCUGUCUCUAAAUAAAAUAUAAAAAUUACAGCUGGAGGGGCUGGGAUUGUGGCUCAGUGGUAGGGCGCUCACCUAGCAUGUGAGAGGCCCUGGGUUUGUUCCUCAGCACCACAUAAAAAUAAGUAAAUAAAAUAAAGGUAUUGUGUCCAACGACAACUAAAAAAUAAAUAUUAAAAAAAAAUACAGUUCAGUGUAAAGUGCUCACCUAGCAUGUGAGGCACUGGAUUUGAUCCUCAGCACCAUAUUAAAAAAAUAAUAAAUAAAAUAAAGGUAUUUUAUUUUGUGUCCAUCUACAAAAAAAAAAAAAAAGACAUUAACUGGAACUAGGUUUAGUUUUAGGACUUUGAAGGUACUAUCAACUUUUAAAUGGGUCCAAGUCUUUCAUAGAGCCCAAAUAUUAUUAUUGGGCUGUAAUUAAGAAAAACCAGCAUUAUGUUAGCAGAAUGAAUCAGUGUCUUAGUAGUCACAGAACUUUUGACACACCCAGCCUUAACAGGUACUACCUGGAUAAUUUAAGCAUUUUUUACAUCAAGAUGGCUUGAUUAUUUGGGAAACCAUAAAGAUCAUUAAGAAAUCAUAUAAAUUAAUAUAAUUCAGAAAAGACAACUAAUGAGUAUAUAGCAAGAAAGGAUGAAAACUGCCUUUUUUGUUUCUAUUAUUGUUUUGUUUUGUUAAGCAGCACUGGGGAGCAAACCCAGGACUUCUUGCAUUGCUAAGCAAGAGCUCUUACCACUGAGCUACACCCCCAGCCUCCCAAACAGUUUUCGUUAAAUUCACAGGUGGCAUCACAUUCAGAACUUCCCUUUAGGUUGAAUUAGUUAAGAAUUCUAGUUCUCUUGCUGAAAGUAGAUUCCUUCAGGCACAUAUUAUAAAGUCUGUCUGAUGCCCAAUCAGCUGAGUGGAACUUUUGGUAAGGCUAACUAAGUGGUUUUAUCAGUAUGAUAUUUAUAGUUUUAUGAAGUGAACAUAAUUUACCAUUUUUUAAAGCUGUGGAUAAAUAAACAUUCUUUAUUAAUAAUUAGUAUCUAAAUUAAUUCGGCUUGAAACCUUUUUAUCAUAGUAUUAUUUAUUUAAUACUAAUAUCUGAUCCACAGUAAUACAAUACCAAUUUUAAUGAGAAAUACAAAAUGGAAUUCUUAAGACUUUCAGAAUAGCUCAUCCACUUAACAUUUUUACAGACAAUGAACUACUAUAAAUAUGUAACGUUAUGCAGGCCUUUUUCUGUACCUAGGCACAAUUCAGAAUGAAUAUACUGUUUAACUAUUUUGAAACUGCUAGUGUAUUCAGAUGACACUUUCCCCCACACAACCCAAAAUUACUCUCUCUGCUUCCCUAUCUGGCCUCAUGUUGCUGCACUGUCUGUGGCUCUUUGCCUUAACCUCUGUCCCAGCUUCUGCUGUCCUGUUCCCUAAACUGAGCUCUUGGAAAGCAGAGAGCCUGUUCCAUUAUCAAAAUGUUUGGCACGUGUUAUGCCUAACAGAGGCUGAAUCAAAUAGUAUUUAAUCUGCAUACCCAAGUUUUAUGUAGCUUCAUUCUAAUAAAUGUAACUAAAUAAGGAUCAUUAUUUUAAAAAUCUUUCAUAAAAUGUUCUAUGGAGGAUAUUUUGAAUUGUGUGUAAGAAACCUCAUGUUACACAAUAAAACACAGGAAUUUGAAACUAAAGAACUCUAAAACUUAAGGGAUUCAGAAAUAGCAGGCAGAAAAAUCAAACCCUGAUGUAUUUAAUAGCAGAUGAAAUUAGAAAGUAGACUUUUUUCAGUAAAGUUGACAUUAAAAGGAUGUUUUCGAACAAUAAGAUUCUAAAGUCUCACAAUUAUUUUUUAAAUUCUGUUGUAAAACCCUAAAAAAACUUAACUUUAAAAAGUAAGGCAACUUGAAGUUAGUUAGAAAUUUAUGGAUAAAAUUAACUCUGGAAUGCAUGCGGAUUUGACUGGAGCCCUCUCAUGAUCUCUGAAACAACCUUUAGCAAGAUGCUUAUUCACAUAUACUGGUGAAAUAAUACAAGUUCUCAAAAGUAAAUUAGAAAGUUUCUAAGACUCCACUGCAUAGUAGCCCAAUUAAGAUCAUUGCAAACUCUGUGCUGUCAAAUAUAUUACCUUGAAAGAAAAUUAUGCAGACAGCUUUUAUAUGAAGAACUCCAUUUGUGCCACAUGCUUAUUAUUCUUUGAGGUGGAGGAGGUGGCAGGGAACAUAAUUUCUGUUUGAAAGUUCUUUUGUUUUCUUCUACCUUUACUGGGUACUAUUUUUAUAUCUUGUAAAGUGCUUUAAAAAAUGUUAGGUGAAUAGUGCUACAUAAAAUAGAGAAUUUUAAUAUCCUGUGUUGUAAGAAGCAAAGUGAAUAAUACUUGACUCUUAAAAGGGGGAAGAUAAUAUGCUGAAAAGAUUAAUAAGAAUCUGAUAAACUCCCCCAGGCUUGCAAAAAAAAAAUCUGAGUUCAAAGUGAAGCUAAAUCCUAGCUAAUAAAUGUUCAUUAAAAGCAAUAUUUAUACCAUAGCAGAUUUAAAUGAAAAUAUGGUGUUCUUAAAUUUAAGCUUUUUAAAUGAUCAAAUGGAUGUGAAAUGAAUCAGAACCUAUUUAUAUUCACACAGUAUUUUGCAUAUAUGGUAAAAUUACUUAAAAUAAAUACUAUUAUAAUAAAAAAUAUUUUAUGAGAGACUUCUAGGCCAUCCAAUUCCUGCUUAUUUCUAUAACAAAACAAUUUGGAUCCCUUUAGAAAUUCACUAUAAUAGGAUUUGGCCAUGUAACAGAUAUAAUAGAUUGAGACCAAUUAAUUUGAGGAUUGUAUUUUCAAAUAAAUACUAGUUAUUUAAUUCACUAGAAAAGAUUGAGGAGAAACCACUUAAUAAAGAACACAAGUAAGAGAAUACAUAUCAUCAUAAAAACGAUCAUAAUGCAUUCUAACCAAAAUUACAUUUAUCAAAUAACAGUGUGAAACCUAUAUAUUUCACUAUACAUAUUUAGCUUGUAUCUGUUGUUUUUUAAAUCCUAAAUAAAUGUCUAAACCUUCCAAACUGCUUUAAAUAAUUGAUGAAUGCUAUACUUUUGCUUGUUCAUAAGAGAUUACUGGAAAAUUAUAAUGCAAGUAUAUUGGCUUGGAGCAAUCCUUGUAAUAAAUGAAGACAGGAUUCUUCAAAAUACUAUACAAUGCACCAACCUUAAUCAGGUUUUUAAGUUGUUCAUUUUAAUAUGUGAUAUUUGCUGGUAGCUUUCUAAGUCUAUUAGCACCACAUAUAGAGAGUUAAAGAGUUUUUCAAAUAAUAUGACUUAAUCUUUAAAAAAUAUUGGUAGCAGUUGUAUAAUUAAAAGACAAGGAUUUCUUGGGUCAUUUUUUUAUCUUGCUACUGAAGGAAACUUCCCCACCAAUAUUAUAAACAUGAAGGUAGGAAAAUCUGGGAGAAAUAUUUUUGUACUGCAGCAAAGAAUCUUACUAAUAAUAUCCAUUAUUUGGUUUAAUUCCAAAGUCAGACUAGCUUUCUCUGUCAGAGGUCUCAAAACUUAUUUACCAAAAAAUGAAUUAUAGGAAAAAUUAGCACAUAACUUUGUGUAAGCAAUCUUGAAAUGACGCAAGUUGUCACCCAGAUCAUUUAAAAACAUCUAAUGUGCAUCCUUCCUCUAAGAUGGUCUUCAACAAACCUUACCAUUCAUACUUCCAUUUUUUCAUGUGUUUCAAG